AUGCAAGCCCUGCCUAUCAGUGGAGGAGAGCAAUGCAUUGGAUUUGCCAUCAAUGGAAGCGAGUUUGAAAAGCCAGAGAAUAAUCCAGCCAUCACUUGUUCCUUUCCAGUCGAGAAACUUGAUCUGAACUAUUUCACCGGUCCCCUACCAGCAUUCAUCGGCAAUAUGUCUGCGUUGACAGUAUUGUCAAUUGCCCACAAUUCAUUCUCUGGGCCCAUCCCCAAGGAGCUUGGAAACCUUAAGGAGCUAACUAUGCUGUCCUUUGGAUCAAAUAAUUUCUCCGGAACACUCCCUCCAGAACUUGGUAACUUAGUCAACCUUGGGCUAUUUUACAUGGACAGCUGUGGACUCGGUGGAGAAAUUCAUUUGCUAAGCUCAUCAACAUGA